ACAUUCUCAGUCUUGAAUCUCUUGAUCUACCAGCACGAUACAGAAGCCGAGAAUCGGAUUCAACUCCAUCCAAAAUGAGAAAACGCGAUUUGGCCAUCCUCAUGCUCUCCGCCGUCUCCAUCUUCUUCUCUCUCCAGCACGAAGGAGAUUUCUCUUUCAGAGAGGCGUGGUUUCAUUUAACCGAUGAGUAUCCAAUCAAAUACGAGACUGAACGUCUCCCCCCGCCGAUUGUUUCCGAUCUUAAUGGCGACGGCAAGAAAGAAAUUCUUGUCGCCACUCACGACGCCAAAAUCCAGGUGCUGGAGCCGCAUUUGAGGAGAGUAGAUGAGGGGUUUAGUAAAGCAAGAUUGUUAACGGAACUAUCACUAUUGCCUGAUAAAACACGGGUUGCGGCAGGUAGACGUGCGGUAGCAAUGGCUACUGGUGUAAUUGAUAGGAGAUAUAAGGAAGGGCAUCCGUUAAAGCAAGUUUUGGUUGUUGUAACCUCAGGGUGGUCUGUUAUGUGCUUUGAUCAUAACCUUAAGAAGCUCUGGGAAACUAAUUUGCAGGAGGAUUUUCCGCAUAAUGCACAUCAUAGGGAGAUUGCAAUAUCAAUAAGUAACUAUACAUUGAAGCAUGGGGAUUCUGGAUUGGUUAUUAUUGGUGGGAGAAUGGAACUGCAGCCACAUAUUUAUUCAGAUCCUUUUGAAGAAAUUGGCAUGGCAGAGAAAAAUGCUGAGCAGCAUAGAAGAAGCGCCAGUGAGAAAGAGCCAUCAGAGAACUCUGGAACUGUGAAUCUACGCCAUUUUGCCUUGUAUGCUUUUGCUGGUCGAACUGGUGCCCUUCGAUGGAGCAGAAAGAAUGAGAACAUUGAAGCGCAGUCUUCAGACGCUGCAUCACAGUUGAUUCCACAACAUAACUACAAGCUUGAUGUGCAUGCUUUAAACAGUCGCCAUCCAGGAGAGUUUGAAUGCAGGGAAUUUAGGGAAUCAAUCCUUGGAGUUAUGCCACAUCACUGGGAUAGGAGAGAAGAUACUGUGUUGCAGCUAUCGCACUUUAGGCGCCAUAAAAGAAAAACAUCAAAAAAAUCUAAUGGAAAGACAACAAACUACCCUUUCCACAAGCCUGAGGAAAACCAUCCUCCUGGAAAAGACUCAGCAAAGAAAAUUUCAAACCUGAUUGGGGAAGCUGCAAAAUAUGCUGGCUCAACAAAAUCAAAGAAGCCAUUUCAAUAUAUUCCAACCAUAACAAACUACACUCAGCUUUGGUGGCUUCCUAAUGUUGUUGUGGCUCAUCAAAAAGAAGGGAUAGAAGCUGUUCAUUUGGCAUCUGGCCGCACCCUGUGUAAGCUUCAUCUUCAAGAAGGUGGCCUUCAUGCUGAUAUCAAUGGUGACGGAGUCCUAGAUCAUGUCCAGGCUGUUGGAGGAAAUGGAGCUGAGCAGACUGUCAUUAGUGGAUCAAUGGAAGUGUUGCAACCAUGUUGGGCUGUUGCAACUUCGGGUGUACCAGUGCGAGAGCAACUUUUCAAUGCUUCUAUAUGUCAUCAUCAUUCACCACUCAACUUAUUCCAACAUGGAGAUUUCGGCAGAAAUUUUGGUCGGACUGAUGUAUCUUCUUUAGAGGUGGCAACCCCUAUUCUCAUCCCAAGAGGUGAUGGCCAUAGGCAUCGCAAGGGGAGUCAUGGUGAUGUUGUCUUCUUAACAAAUCGAGGGGAGGUGACAUCAUACUCCCCUGGCCUGCAUGGUCACGAUGCUGUUUGGCAAUGGCAAAUAUCGACAGGUGCUACAUGGUCAAAUCUUCCUUCUCCAUCGGGGAUGAUGGAAGGUGGUAUGGUGGUCCCCACAUUGAAGGCAUUUUCUUUGCGUGCACGUGACAACCAACAAAUGAUCCUCGCAGCUGGUGAUCAAGAGGCUUCAGUUAUAUCUCCUGGAGGAAGUAUUCAGACGUCGGUUGAUCUUCCUGCACCACCCACCCAUGCUCUGAUCUGCGAGGAUUUCUCAAAUGAUGGACUUACUGACCUAAUUGUUGUGACAUCAAAUGGGGUGUAUGGCUUUGUCCAGACUAGGUCACCAGGUGCCCUCUUCUUCAGCACAUUGGUGGGUUGCCUUCUAAUUGUAAUGGGAGUUAUUUUUGUCACACAACACUUGAACUCCAUAAAGGAGAAACCACGCGCCUCAUCUGCUGCUCGAUAAUAACAGCCCUCGAUGAAAACAGCGUUUUAUACUUGUGGUACCCACGGUCACAGCCCUUGAAAGAAAAAAAAUUGCAUCAAAGCACUGUUGUUGGACAGUCCCUUGUAAUCUGCGUAACAGGCAACUGGUCAAACAAUUGCAAGGCGAAGUGUCCAAAGGUUUGAUGGAGUUCUCUGGAAUGAUACUCGUCACCUGAAUACCCCCCUGCUCCUACUGUAAAAUGUGUACUGUACACAUAGGGGGGAUUCCUCUGAGCUGAGCCUGACAUGGUUUUUAGGAAAUAUUGUAUUAGCUUGUAACAAAAGCAAAUAUUCAUGUUUGUUGCAGACGUUAAAAACUUUAAAAGUUAUUGUCAGAAGCCUUGGCUGUCAGCAAGCUACAGUGAAAUCUGACGAGGAAGGAGAAUUACAUAUUGGUGAUGGAUUGUCACCCUAAUUUUUUCCCCAAUAGAAGCUGCCCUUGAAGUUGAGUGGCGUAAA